AGCCUCGCAGCCGCCCAGCGCCGGACUCGCCACGCCGCGCUGGGCAGCUGGAUAGCUGGCGGCCGAGCGGGCCGGGAGCGGCGGGGGCGGCGCCCAGGCCGCGGGCGGGGGGAGGAGGGCCGCAGCCCGGGAGAGGGGAAAAGGCGGGCCGCACGGCGCCAGCAGCCAGCCCCGAGGACGCGAGCGGCAGGUGUGCACAGAGGUUCUCCACCUUUUUUUCUGAACUCGCAGUCAGGAUGGUUUUCUCUGGCAGGCAGUGUGGCCGUGUUGGCAGAACUGAAGAAGUUUUACUGACAUUCAAGAUAUUCCUUGUCAUCAUUUGUCUUCAUGUCGUUCUGGUAACAUCCCUGGAAGAAGAUACUGAUAAUUCCAGUUUGUCACCACCACCUGCUAAAUUAUCUGUUGUCAGUUUUGCCCCCUCCUCCAGUGGUACUCCAGAGGUUGAAACAACAAGCCUCAAUGAUGUUACUUUAAGCUUACCCCCUUUAAACAAAACAGAAAAAACUAAAAUCACUAUAGUAAAAACCUUCAAUGCAUCAGGCGUCAAACUCCAGAGAAAUAUCUGCAAUUUGUCAUCUAUUUGCAAUGACUCAGCAUUUUUUAGAGGUGAGAUCAUGUUUCAAUAUGAUAGAGAAAGCACCAUUCCCCAGAAUCAACAUAUAACAAAUGGCACCUUAACUGGAGUCCUGUCUCUAAGUGAAUUAAAACGCUCAGAGCUCAACAAAACCCUGCAAACCCUAAGUGAGACUUAUUUUAUAAUGUGUGCUACAGCAGAGGCCCAAAGCACAUUAAAUUGUACAUUCACAAUAAAACUGAAUAAUACAAUGAAUGCAUGUGCUGUAAUAGCUGCUUUGGAAAGAGUAAAGAUUCGACCGAUGGAACACUGCUGCUGUUCUGUCAGGACACCCUGCCCUUCCUCCCCAGAAGAGUUGGAAAAGCUUCAGUGUGACCUGCAGGAUCCCAUUGUCUGUCUUGCUGACCAUCCACGUGGCCCACCAUUUUCUUCCAGCCAAUCCAUCCCAGUGGUGCCUCAGGCCACUGUGCUUUCCCAGGUCCCCAGUGCUACCUCUUUUGCUGAGCCCCCAGAUUAUUCACCGGUGACCCACAAUGUUCUCUCUACAAUAGGGGAGAUUCACCCCCUUUCACCUCAGCCUUCAGCUCCCAUAGCUUCCAGCCCUGCCAUUGACAUGCCCCCACAGUCUGAAAUGAUCUCUUCCCCUAUGCCCCAAACCCAUGUUUCCGGCACCCCACCUCCUGUGAAAGCCUCAUUUUCCUCUCCCACCGUGUCUGCCCCUGCGAAUGUCAUCACUACCAGCGCACCUCCUGUCCAGACAGACGUCAUCAACACCAGCAGUAUUUCUGAUCUUGAGAACCAAGUGUCGCAGAUGGAGAAGGCUCUGUCCUUCGGCAGCCUGGAGCCUAACCUUGCAGGAGAAAUGAUAAACCAAGUCAGCAAACUUCUUCAUUCCCCGCCCGACAUGCUGGCCCCUCUGGCUCAAAGAUUGCUGAAAGUAGUGGAUGACAUUGGCCUACAGCUGAACUUUUCAAACAAGACCAUAAGUCUAACCUCCCCUUCUUUGGCUCUGGCCGUGAUCAGAGUGAAUGCCAGUAGUUUCAACACAACUACCUUUGUGGCCCAAGACCCUGCAAAUCUUCAGGUUUCUCUGGAAACCCAAGCUCCUGAGAACAGUAUUGGCACAAUUACUCUUCCUUCAUCGCUGAUGAAGAAUUUACCAGCUAAUGACAUGGAGCUAGCUUCCAGGGUUCAGUUCAAUUUCUUUGAAACACCUGCCUUGUUUCAGGAUCCUUCCCUGGAGAACCUCUCGCUGAUCAGCUACGUCAUAUCAUCGAGUGUUGCAAACCUGACCGUCAGGAACUUGACAAGAAACGUGACAGUCACAUUAAAGCACGUCAACCCGAGCCAGGAUGAGUUAACAGUGAGAUGUGUAUUUUGGGACUUGGGCAGAAAUGGUGGCAGAGGAGGCUGGUCAGACGAUGGCUGCUCCGUCAAAGACAGGAGAUUGAAUGAAACCAUCUGUACCUGUAGCCAUCUAACAAGCUUCGGCAUUCUACUGGACCUAUCUAGGACAUCUGUGCUGCCUGCUCAAACGAUGGCUCUGACGUUUAUUACAUAUAUUGGUUGUGGGCUUUCAUCAAUUUUUCUGUCAGUGACUCUUGUAACCUACGUAGCUUUUGAAAAGAUCCGGAGGGAUUAUCCUUCCAAAAUCCUCAUCCAGCUGUGUGCUGCUCUGCUUCUGCUGAACCUGGUCUUCCUCCUGGACUCGUGGAUUGCUCUGUAUAAGAUGCAAGGCAUCUGCAUUUCAGUGGCUGUAUUUCUUCAUUAUUUUCUCUUGGUCUCAUUCACAUGGAUGGGCCUAGAAGCAUUCCAUAUGUACCUGGCCCUUGUCAAAGUAUUUAAUACUUACAUCCGAAAAUACAUCCUUAAAUUCUGCAUUGUCGGUUGGGGUAUGUAUAAGCUUGCCUCGGCGCCCAGGUGGCUAGGGGCGGGGUCACAGGCGCCAGAGGUGUCGCUGGGGCACCUCUCCGGGCCUUCCCCCUUUUUCUUCCGGGCUGGGUCCCGCUACUCCAGUUCCGCUAGGCGGCGGAGACGGGGCCAGGGGCGGGACUACAAUCUUGACCCUCAGAGGGGUGCCCAGGCGGCCGCGGUGGGCGGCCCUCUUUCUCCGGCCUCGGGUGGGAUUGGCACCCGUCUCGGGGGGCUCCUCACUACCACUCAGGGAAGCCAACUCGUUCCCCGCCCGGAGCCGGGUUCCCCUAGACUCCCGCGGGCCGCCUCCUUUUUCGUCUCCCCCCCCGAGGCCGCGACUCUGAGGGUUCCGCUCUGCGGCGGAGGCGGGGCCGGGGAUGUGGGCGGGGCCGUGGGGGGGGUCGUUCCAGGGCGCGGGGCGGGGCCCCCUCCUUACCUGUGCCCCUCAGGGCUCCAAAGGUUCCACUCCGCGGCGGGGGCGGGGGCGGGUCCGGAGGGCGGGUCCAAGGCGCCCAGGUGGCCGCGACGGAAGGGCUUGUUUCUCUGGCCUAGGCUGUGGUUGGCAGCCGGCUGGGGAGAGAAGGGACUCAGGGAGGCAACCUGGUUCCCGCCCGUUGCUGAUUUCGCAGCGCUCUCCCGGGCUGCCCCCUUUUCCUUCCCCCUCAGGCCACUACUUGGAGCGUUCCGCUCCGCGGCGGGGGCGGAGCCAGGGGCGGGGCUGAGCGCGGCCUGGGCGGGCUACCCGGCGGCUGGGGUGGGCGGGCGUCUUCUUCCCGCCCGACGGACCACCACGCGACCGCCGGGACGUAAAAGGGGCUCGGCAGGGGCGUCCUCGCCCCACGCCCGAAACCCGGUUUCCCGCCGCUCCCUCGAGCGUCGGGAGCCCAGCAGGCCUGGCCGAGGCGGGACCUUCGUCGCUCCAGCCCCCGUCCCCGCCUCCGCGCCUCCCCACCGCGCGAAGCUCUGGUUGGCUUGCUUUCCGACCAGACUUAGGGGCUAG